ACUUUACCCGCUGGUAAUGCUGACAUCACAUUGCGCGACGGGCUGAUAGCCCUGAGUAUGAGAUACAAUUUUUUAUCUAGGGAGCAUGUCGCGGCUACCGUUGACACACCUGAGAAGAGAUUGCGCUGCGUUUGCCUAGUCGAUAUCAUCGAGGAUCUGGAGGCAUUCGACAAGGAAAGCUACCCACAUGUGCACCAGAGACUUCUCUCAACUGUCCGAUUUCUGCGCAGCUUGCUUAAGGCGGAAGAGGAAGACCAACUCGCAGCAGAGGCACGCAACCAAAUCUGGGAGCCAAUGAAUCUCGUCGCCCUCGCGGCGCUCAUUCCCCUAUCAACAACUGAAGCCGAUGCCACGCACGAGCCGUUUCCACUAUUGGCUUGGGACCUCAUCGUAGCCCGGACUCUCUGUGGUGCCUCGAAGCAUAGCAAAUUUAAACUGAAUGUCGAGAGGGUCUAUCAAGGAGUACUGAGGUUCACGGAAGGAUGCGCCGCUCACCUCAAGGGGCAGUACGCCUCACAUGACCCUCCAGACCUAGCAGACUCCGACGCGACGAGCCUGCUGCCGGCCGUGAUCGCAAGUCAAGGCGACCUGCAGGAACAAGUGGCAGUGGUGCUAGACGUUGCUGGUGCCGAACACGUAG